AUGUCUCUGGUGCCUGUGGUGCAGCGGCGCCGCGGCCGAGCGCUGACGGCGCUGCCACUGCUACUGUCGCUGCCGCUGCUGCUGCUGUCGCUGCUGCUGGCGGCCGGACGCGCCACCGGCUUCUCACCGUCAGGGCUGGCGCGGCUGGGGGUGGACCCGCCGGUGGCCCCCGCCGGCGGCCGGCCAUGGUUCGACCGGCCUCAGAUCCGAAACGUGACGGCGCUGCUGGGCCGUACCGCCUACCUGAGCUGCACGGUCCGCGCGCUGGGCAACCGCACCGUCAGCUGGGUGCGCCACCGCGACAUCCACCUGCUCACCGUCGGCGAGUUCACAUUCACCAACGACCAGCGCUUCCGGGCGCUGCACUCGCCCGCCAGCCGCCUGUGGACGCUGCAGAUCAAGUUCGUGCAGCACCGCGACGCCGGCAUGUACGCGUGCCAAGUGAGCUCGUCGCCGCCGGUCUCGUACCCCGUCUACCUGAGCGUGGUCGAGCCCGUGACGGACCUGCUGGGCGGCCCGGAGCUCUUCAUUGACGCCCGGAGCACCAUCAACCUGACCUGCCUGGUGCGCAACUCGCCCCAGCCGCCGGCAUUCAUCUUUUGGAAGCACAACGGCAAGGUGAUCACGUACGACUCGCCGCGCGGAGGCGUCUCCGUGGUCACCAUCCAGGGAGAGGUGACGUCCAGCCAGCUGCUGAUCCGGGCGGCGCGUGCCACCGACUCGGGCCUCUACUCGUGCCAGCCGGCCGGCGCCGCCCAGAAGAGCCUCCGGGUGCACGUGCUUCAGGGGGAGAAGCCGGCAGCGAUGCAGACCGGCGGCGGCGGUGCGUUGCGCCCGGCCGCCCCGCUGCUGACGCUGCUGACGCUGCUGAUGCUGCUGAUGCUGCUGAAACUGCCGCUGCACACAGCGCUCGGCACGGCGGCGGUGGGCGGCGCGGCGCCCCGACUGGACUGACCCCCAACGUCCCUCCCUCGGCUGGCUCAGCGGCCCUCGGCUGGCCCCCAGCGGCCCUCGGCUGGCCCCCAGCGGCCCUCCCUCGGUGGGCGGCGCGGCGCCCCGAAUGGACUGACCCCCAGCGGCCCCCGGCUGACACCAGCGGCCCUCGGCUGGCCUCAGCGGCCAGUGCCUCCCGGAGUGACCGCCUUCCGGCCAAUGGCACAACGCAGCGCGAGAGGACACGAUAACGCUCCUCCGGUGACCCAUACACGGUCCCGCAGCUUUUAGAAGCUUCUGUUGGUCUGUGCCCCUUCCCGUUCGUUCCACCGCCAUUGGUAUAUUUAUUUGGAACGGUUAAGCAAUCAAACGGUUCAGCGCUAUAGAUCGUUUUCCUCAAAAGUGUUUUGGCUCCAAGUAUAGAUACUUUCACGCGCUCUUGAAGCCUUUCGACUUCUUCUUUUGACUUAUCGCUCUUUUCACUGGCUAAAGCCAGUGAAAAAAGCAAAAACUGAGCCUGAGAAAAUUGAACAUUGCUUGAUUAAAAUAUGUGCUCUAUUCUCGAUUGUUUCUAUCGCGGCGCCUUUUGGAACUAAAUAUGAGAACAGCAAUGAGGCAAAACUUGCAUUGCGAUGUUGAACGCUACGGUGGACAGAACCGCUUGGGUACUCGAUUCUGACAUCGCUGAUACUGAAAAACAGUGUGUUCCUGAAGCUUAUGACACUUUUUGCCGUCAAAUUGCCGUUGAGAGCUAGUUUUAUCCAGUGACAUCAUAGCCUGCGCCAACUAAUCUACCGAGCACAAAUAAAGAAAACAGUUAAAAUAUAUUGGCGGCUGGAAUUUCUUGGGUCAACCUCCGUUAGGUCAAGUUUUCGAAACUCAGGCAACAGCUUCGGUAAUGAACUUGGAGCCAAACCUCUCUGGCAAAGAGCGAGCUUAGAGGGACCCUCCCACCUUCAAAAAAGUUAUAGAAUUGGCACGAAAGUGAUGUCGCUCGGUUCAGAAAGGGCGAAAACGAAUAUCUACCAAAUUUCAUCGA